AUGGAACGCAAUAUCGACAUUUACGCCAGCAAGCUGGGUGAUGAGAAGCUGGACAUAAAAUUGCGAGCAAAUGUUGCGACUGAACUACGAGACAGCAUCGAGCCGCUAUGCUCAGGCGCAAACUACCCUAUUUUCCUUUCGAAACUAUGGCCGGUCUUCAAAACAAUCCUGAAAGGCGAUCCUGUCUUUCUCAAUAAUUCCUUUGAGCAGAAACUUCGCAAUUGUAUCCUCGAGACUCUUCACCGAUUGCCCACCGCCUCACCCGAAGUCGAAGCCUAUGCUGCUGAUAUGGUCGACCUACUUAUGGACCUUGCACGCAUUGAGAAUGAGGACAAUGCGGUUCUGUGUAUGAAGACCAUCAUGGACCUGGAGCGGAAUCAGGCGAAGGUGACUGCAACACGCGUACAGGCUUUCUUGGAAUUGAUCCAGGAAAUGUUCCAGACCAUGGAGCAGGUAGUCAGAGAUACUUUCGACACCCCGAGCCAAGCGACCCCAUCCGGCAUGCCCUCGACACCCAACACCGGUGGCCAGAACUUCCAGUCCCCCCGUCCAAGCUCGCCUGCGACCUCUGUAUCCGACCUCGGCCCAGAGCAACAAGGAAGUAACGUGAUUUUGAAGGGCAUGCAGUCGUUCAAAGUACUCGCGGAGUGUCCUAUCAUCGUGGUUUCAAUCUUCCAGACCCACCGUGCUUCAGUGGCAGCAAACGUCAAGCUGUUCGUGCCUCUUAUCAAGACAAUCCUGCUUCUACAGGCGAAGCCCCAAGAAAAAGCCCACGCGGAUGCUGCUGCGCAAGGCACGGUGUUCACUGGAGUUUGCAAGGAGAUCAAGAACCGGGCAGCUUUUGGAGAAUUCAUUACGGCUCAAGUUAAGACGAUGAGUUUCUUGGCGUAUCUCCUCCGUCUGUAUGCCCAUCAGCUGCAAGAUUUCCUUCCUACUCUGCCAUCUGUGGUGGUACGUCUCCUUCAAGACUGCCCACGAGAGAAGUCCGGAGCAAGAAAGGAGUUGCUUGUUGCGAUCCGGCACAUCAUCAACUUCAACUACCGCAAAAUCUUUCUCGAAAAGAUUGACGAAUUGCUUGACGAACGUACGCUCAUUGGGGAUGGCCUCACCGUUUAUGAGACUAUGCGUCCAUUGGCAUAUAGCAUGCUCGCGGACCUUAUCCACCAUGUUCGUGAUCAUCUGAGUCGCGACCAGAUUCGUCGUACUGUCCAGGUCUACACCAAAAAUCUUCAUGACGAUUUCCCCGGAACCAGCUUCCAGACUAUGAGCGCAAAGCUUUUGUUAAACAUGGCAGAGCGCAUCUCAAAACUAGAAGACAAGCGUGAGGCUCGGUACUUUCUUAUCAUGAUUUUGGACGCAAUCGGUGACAAAUUUGCCUCGAUGAACCACUCUUUCAAUAAUGCCGUCAAGGUCUCAAAGACAUACAAGGAAUCUCGCAAGGAUACCGAGCCGUCGCCUGAGAACUAUCUUGCAGAUAAAGAUCAGCCUCCAGACUGGGACGAUAUCGAUAUCUUCUCUGCUUCUCCAAUCAAGACUUCCAGUCCUCGUGACCGAGGCGGAGACCCGGUAUCUGACAACUUGUUCUUAUUCAGGAACCUUAUCAGCGGACUGAAGAACAUCUUCCACCAGUUGAAGAACUGCAACCCAGAGAAUAUUCAAAUCGACCCCAAUAGCGUUCCAAUCAACUGGUCCGAGGUAUCCUACGGAUACAAUGCCGAGGAAGUGCGCGUUAUCAAGAAGCUCUUCCAUGAGGGCGCUAGGGUCUUCCGCUACUAUGGUGUAGACCAAGCGCCCCCUGAAGUGAGCUACUCGUCUCCAUUCGAUUUCCUCGCCAGCCAGUACACUGCACCUAUGCUCCGCGAAGAGAAGGAUCUUCUAGAGAGUUUUGGCACAGUGUUCCACUGCAUCGACACGGCUACAUUCCACGAAGUCUUCCAUUCAGAGAUCCCCUAUCUCCACGAGCUCAUGUUUGAGCAUGGUGCAUUGGUUCAUCUACCGCAGUUCUUUCUCGCCAGUGAAGCUACCUCGCCCGCAUUUUCGGGAAUGGUUCUCCAGUACUUGAUGGAGCGCAUUGAUGAAGUGGGAACUUCAGACAUGACAAAGGCUAAGAUCCUUUUGCGCAUGUUCAAGCUCUCCUUCAUGGCCGUCACGCUCUUCUCAGCACAAAAUGAACAGGUGCUCCACCCACAUGUGACAAAGAUCGUGACCCAGUGUAUCGAGUUAUCGGUCACUGCAGAGGAGCCGAUGAACUAUUUCCUGCUGUUGCGAUCUCUCUUUCGAAGCAUUGGCGGGGGACGCUUUGAGCUUCUGUACAAGGAAAUCCUUCCCCUACUUGAGAUGCUUCUUGAGACGUUCAAUAAUCUUCUGCUUGCUGCUCGGAAGCCUCAAGAGCGAGACCUCUAUGUGGAGCUCACAUUGACAGUUCCAGCCAGGCUGAGCCAUCUCCUGCCUCAUUUGAGCUAUCUUAUGCGCCCAAUCGUGGUUGCACUUCGUGCAGACUCUGAACUUGUCGGCCAAGGACUGCGAACCCUCGAGCUUUGUGUGGACAAUCUGACCGCCGAUUAUCUUGACCCGAUCAUGGCUCCUAUCAUGGAUGAACUCAUGACUGCUCUCUGGGACCACCUGCGACCUCAUCCUUACAACCACUUCCAUGCUCACACUACCAUGCGCAUUCUUGGUAAACUGGGUGGUCGCAAUAGGAAGUUCCUCAACCACCCUCCCGAGAUCACUUUCCAGCAAUACUCCGACGACAACCCAAGCUUUGAUGUCCGUCUGAUCGGUCCAAGUGAUAAGCGUCCGUUCCCCAUUGACAUUGGCAUCGACCUUGCCAUCGGCAAGCUUAUGGAGAUCCCUAAGACGGAUUCCGCGAAAGCAUCAGACGGCUACUACAAGCAGCAGGCGUAUCGUAUGCUUAGCUCCCACCUCAAACUUCAGAUCGGAUUCGAGAAUCUUCCAGACGAUUUGGCCUCGUUGAUCCGCUUGCACGCAAAUGAUCUCUUUGAAGGCAAGGCCAACGCUAUGAGUGAUAUCUUGGAAAAAUCAGAGCGAUCCGCUUCGAUUCCGAAGAAGGUGGCGCAGGAGACUAUCGUAAAGAAGCUCCUCAAGGCUUGCAUCUUUGCUGUGACAAUCCCGGAUCUCGAGCAAACAGCAACUUCUUUCGUUACGGAUGUUUGCAAGCACUUCGCAAUUGUUGAGGUCGGCCGGGCUCUUGCUCAAGCUCGUCACAGUCGCAAAACAUUCGAUGUGGCCCACGGUGAAGGCCCCGUGUACAUGGACUCCCGUGUCCUGGCCGAUGCAAUCGUUGAGAGCCUUGCCUCAGACAACAUUCAUGUUCGCCAAGCAGCCGAGCAAGCUAUGCAAGUUGUGAAGGAUUCUGCUAUUGUGAUGUUCGGAGCUCCGGAGAGGGCAUCCAAACUUCCAUUUUUCCAACAUCUUGGGCGAGUAUUCUGCCACAGCUGCCACAGUGAGGAAUGGUUUUCCAAAGCGGGUGGAAGCUUGGGAAUCAACAUUCUCGCGACCAAGAUGGACCUUGGGGACUCAUGGCUGUACGAGCGCCAUGUUGAGUUCAUUCGGGCUCUAAUGUAUAUCAUCAAAGACACUCCUGCGGACCUCCCAGCUGCCACACGAGUUCAGGCUCAAGACACAAUGACUAUUAUUCUCCAGCAGUGUGGCAAGCUCAUUCCGAAGGAUGACCUGAAAAACGAGAAGAGUCGUCUAUUUGCUCUUUGCGGCUACUUGGUCUUUGAGCUCGGUCAUAUGAACAAGCAUGUUCGGGAGACUGCUCGCCGAUGCUUCUCCACGUUGAAAGACGAGCUUGGCUGCGAGGUGCACGAACUCAUUUCCCCAGUGCGAGACCGUCUGCUCCAAUCGAUUUUCAACAAGCCACUGCGCGCUUUGCCUUUCCCAACACAAAUAGGAUUCAUAGAUGCCAUCACUUACUGCCUGAGCCUCCACAAUGACAUCGUCACUUUCAAUGAACCAUUGAACCGGCUGAUGCUGGAGUCUCUGGCUCUUGCUGACGCUGAUGAUGAGUCUCUUGCAUCCAAGCCGAAUGAGUUCAAGAAUGCCGAGAUGAUUGUGAACCUGCGUGUCGCGUGCCUGCGUCUUCUGUCGAUGGCAAUGAACUUUGCCGAAUUCGCUAAUACCCCACAAAACACCAGUCGGGCACGCAUCAUCUCAGUCUUUUUCAAGUCCCUGUACUCACGAUCUCCUGAAGUGAUCGAAGCUGCAAACGCUGGACUGAAAGACGUUCUCACUCAGACCAACAAACUGCCCAAGGACCUGCUGCAGAAUGGCCUUCGGCCGAUCCUCAUGAACCUGCAAGAUCCUAAGCGAUUGAGCGUUGCAGGUCUUGACGGGCUUGCUCGGCUCUUGACCUUGCUAACUAACUAUUUCAAGGUUGAGAUUGGCGCUCGGUUGUUAGACCACAUGAAGAUAAUCGCCGAUGACUCAAUCUUGCAGAAGGUAUCCUUCAGCCUCGUGGAGCAGCACCCAGCGAUGAAGAUCGUAGCAGCUAUCUUCAAUAUCUUCCAUCUUCUCCCUGCGGCCGCAACAUCGUUCAUGGAACAUCUCGUGAACAAAGUACUUGACCUCGAACAAAAGCUUCGCCGCACAUCACAUAGCCCCUUCAGAAAGCCUCUUGUCAAGUACCUCAAUCGGUAUCCAAAGGAAAGCUUGACAUUUUUCUUGGCUCGGUUCCAGGACGAACGCUUCGGACGAUUCUUCGGACAAAUUUUGGCGGACCCCGAGAGUGAGACGAUACGCAAGGCCGUGACAGAAGACACCGAUAACUACUUGUCCAUCGCGUUCGGGCAGAAUUCAUCAGAAGGCAGCCACACCGCUGCCAUCAACGGGAUUUACGUUGCCCACUCCGUAUCUUCAUUCGCCUCAACCAAGAAAUGGCUGGUUUCUCACCCGGAGUUGAGGGCGAAGCUCCUGUCAUCAGGACGGGAAUUAGAACGGCAGCUGCGGGCUGAUAGCCUGCCACCAGAUGAGCGCCUUCGGGUCGAGCAGGCCGAGGAUCAGCUCAUGGAUAUCUUCACAGCAUACCUUGGUGAAGCAGCGCAUGACCUUGAUUUCUUGUUUGAAGUCAUCGAUGGCCUCUCGGCGGAUGAACUGAAGCGCACGCUUGCUCUCCCUAAAUUCAUUUACGGCCACAUAAUCACGAAUGAAUCCAUUGACUACCGCCGCUCUGUCAUUAUGCGAUGUCUCGAUCUUUACGGCCAGCGGGCUUGCUCACAGAAGACAAAGACAUAUGCUUUCCGCAACCUGGUCAAUCCAAUCUUCGCAAUGGAUGUCCAGACGACCUGGAACAGCUCUCCCAAUACCCCCAAGCUUAUGGAUAAGAGUAUGACCGAGUCUAUCCAGAGUCGUCUGUGGAAACCCCAACUGGUUGAUCUGAGCGAGGAAUCUAAUCAAGCCGGAGUUGAUCACUCACGCAUGGAGUUGCUGCAGCUGUCAGCCCUUCUGAUCAAGUACCACCAUCAGACUGUUCAGGACUCCCGCAAGGACAUCAUCAAAUUUGCUUGGAACUACAUUCGGCUUGAAGACAUCAUCAACAAGUAUGGUGCCUAUGUUCUCAUCAGUUACUUCAUUGCGCACUACGAGACGCCCUUCAAGAUUGUGAUUCAAGUAUACGUCGCAUUGCUGAGAGCCCACCAGAACGAGGGCAGGGCUCUCGUGACGCAGGCCCUGGAUGUUUUAGCUCCCGUUCUCCCCAGUAGGACUGCAGGAAACCAAGGGGCUGAAGCACGGUACCCCAUAUGGGCCAAGUGGCCUCGCCGUAUUCUGGCCGAGGAGACUGCCAAUCUCCAACAAGUCAUGAGCAUUUUCCAAUUCUUAGUUCGACAGCCGGAGCUUUUCUACGAGUCUCGUGAGCAUUACGUGCCUCUGAUCGUUCCAUCGCUGAUCAAAAUUGCCGGACCUCCCAAUAAUACCUCUAAUGAUAGCAAAAAGCUGGCCCUGAAUCUCAUUGGACUCGUUUGGCGCUGGGAAGAACGGAGGGCUCAGUCUAACGAUGCUACUCCUUUGGAGUCUCCGAAUGCCAGGAAGCGCAAAUUGGAUGAAACUGAAUCUUCGGCGUCACCUGCCCUUGCACCUCCCCCGAGCCGAGGUGGUUCCGACUAUACUGUACCGUCAGAGCUUCGUGCUGCUCUAAUCAAGUACCUUAUCACCUUCAUCACCUCGAAUUCUGAGCGCUUUCCUGUCCCGGCUGCGCAGAUUCGUCUGGCUGCUUCAAAGCAAUCGCCAGCUCCCUCCACAGACAUGAUUACCAAGGCUUAUUGGGGUGACUUGGAUAUUGACCUGUACCAGAAGGUUACAGAGCCUAUUUUGACAGGCGAGAAAGCGGACAAACCAGAAGAGAAACAGAUCACGCCAAUGGUCAAUGCCAUCCAAGUCGUACGGGUCCUCAUUGCGGCCAAGCCCAAUGAAUGGAUCACCGCCCGUCUACCUACCAUCCAGAAGCUUCUCGAGAAGCCAUUGAAGGUUGAUAACCCUGAAAUCCAGGAUUGUCUCCACGGCUUGGAGGAUGAGAUGGACAUUUCCCCAAAGCUGCCACCACCUGUUCGUCGUGUGCUGGAAGCUAUCCCUGACGAUCAGCCUGAUGAGGAAGAUGCAAUGGACACUGAAAGCUCGCCGUCAGAAUUCGCCACUUAUCUCUCCGCGAUUGCCACGGAAACUCUCUCAGCCAGCAAUUAUGUGUCCAGCUUGAACACCCUUUGGACUCUGUCUAAGAUCAAGCCUGCCGAGAUAGACCCUCAUAUCCCCGCUGUUAUGAAGGCCUUCUCACAGAAGCUUGCGAAGGAGCAUGUAGCAGCAUCCUCUACCCAAAAUGGCGCCCCGCUUCAACAGGGUACCAAGCCUGCCGAGGGUGCUCCAGACCAACAAGAGUUCCAGAUCGGAGUGGAUCUCAUCUUCAAGACGAUCGAGUUGAUCUCCGUGCGCAUGUCCCAUCUUGGUGACCAGCGUCGUCCUUUCCUUAGCGUCCUGGCUUCAAUUGUCGAACGAUCGCAAGACCUCAAGCUGUGUACUAAGGUCCUGGAUAUGGCGGAGUCUUGGAUAUUCCAUUCCACCGAGUCAUGGCCAACCUUGAAGGAGAAGACGGCUGUUCUGCAUAAGAUGCUGCUCUUCGAAUCACGGCCCAACCCGACGAUGCUGAAGAAGUUUCUUGACCUUGUCAUCCGCAUUUACGAGGACACAAAGAUCACUCGCACUGAGCUGACCGUCAGGCUAGAGCAUGCCUUCUUGAUUGGAACACGAGCGCAGGACGUGGAGAUGCGUAACCGCUUUAUGACCAUCUUUGAUCGCAGUCUGACUCGCCUCGCAAGUUCUCGAUUGAGUUAUGUGCUCACUUGCCAGAAUUGGGAUACACUGGCGGACUCGUUCUGGCUCGCCCAGGCAUCGCAUCUGGUUCUCGGUUCUAUUGACAUGAGUACUUCUGCUCGCCUAAACCCUUCUGAUUUCACCAUGUACCCACUCUCGUUCCUCUUCUCUGCUGGAGAGAAGGACUCCCGAAAGGCGGAUAUUAUGAUUGACAACCAAUUAGAGAGCUUUGUCGCCGAGCGUAGGCGCUUUAUGUCGGAGAUUGGCGAUGUCAGAGUCCGUGACUUGCUAGAGCCCCUCUGUCAGCUCCAGCAUACCGAUGCAUCCGUGUCCUACAAGCUUUGGACGACACUGUUCCCACUUUUCUGGUCUACAUUGUCGAAGGAUGAUCGCAUUGACCUCGAGAAAGGUAUGGUGACGCUACUCACUCGUGAGUAUCACCAGCGACAAGUGGACAAGCGACCGAACGUUAUACAAGCCUUGCUUGAAGGCGCCGUACGCGCCACUCCUCGGUUUAAGGUCCCUCCGCAUGUGAUGAAAUUCCUGAGCCGCACCUACGAUGCUUGGUAUACUGCGGCAACUUAUCUCGAGGAGAGUGCGAUCCAUCCAAUUAUCGACACUGCCGUUGUUCGGGAAAGCAAUCUCGAUGCACUAGUCGAAGUUUAUGCUGGCAUACAAGAGGACGACAUGUUCUACGGCACAUGGCGGCGCCGCUGCAAGUUUGUUGAGACCAACGCCGCUCUCUCUUACGAACAGCAGGGAAUGUGGGACAAGGCUCAGCAGCUGUAUGAGAACGCCCAAAUAAAAGCUCGUUCGGGAGCAAUGCCCUUCUCGCAAGGCGAAUACUUUGUUUGGGAGGAUCACUGGCUCAUUUGUGCACAAAAGCUUCAACAAUGGGAGAUUUUAAGCGACUUCGCGAAGCAUGAGAAUUUGAACGACUUGCUGCUGGAAGCCGCUUGGAGAAACAUCGAAAAUUGGCAGAGCGAGGGCAACCGAGAACAACUGGAAUCUCUGAUCAAGUCGGUCUCGGAUGCGCCUACACCGCGGCGCACUUUCUUCCAGGCCUUUAUGGCCUUGCUCCAGUACCAUGUCAAGAAGGAAAACAUGCAAGAAUUCAAUACCGUCUGCGAUGAUUCCAUUCAGCUUGCUAUUCGGAAGUGGCUCCAACUGCCCAAGCGCAUCACCAAUGCUCAUAUUCCAAUUUUGCAGCAUUUCCAAUUACUUGUUGAGCUUCACGAUGCUAGCCAUAUCUGCGGUAGCCUGGCUCAGACCAACGAAAGGAAUCUGGAUACCAAGUCAGCUGAGUUGAAGCUACUCUUAGGGACCUGGCGGGACCGGCUCCCGAAUCUUUGGGACGACAUCAACGCUUGGCAAGAUCUUACCAACAACGUCGCCAGCAACUCAUACGCCUAUCGUGGCUAUCACGAGACUGCCUGGAUUAUCAAUCGUUUCGCACAUGUCGCUCGCAAGCAUCAAAUGCCGGAGGUGUGCAUUAACCAGCUCAGUCGCAUCUACACGCUGCCCAACAUCGAAAUCCAAGAGGCUUUCCUCAAGUUGCGAGAGCAGGCGAAGUGUCACUACCAGAACCCGAAGGAGCUGAACAGUGGGUUAGACGUAAUCAAUAACACCAAUUUCAAUUACUUUGGGCCCCAACAGAAGGCCGAAUUUUACACUCUCAAGGGUAUGUUCUUGGCCAAACUUGACCAUACCAACGAGGCCAACGAGGCAUUUGGUGUUGCUCUCUACUACGACCUUCGCCUUGCGAAGGCUUGGUCUGAAUGGGGACAAUACAGCGAUCAACGCUUCAAGAACGACCCCACGGAUUACGAACUGGCAAGCAACGCAGUCAGCUGCUACCUUGAGGCGGCCGGUCUCUACAAGAGUGCUAAGUCUCGGAAGCUUCUUAGUCGCAUCCUUUGGCUCCUUAGUCUGGAUAACGACCAGGGCAAGAUUGCAAGCGCGUUCGAAAGUUUCAAGGGUGAUACUCCGGUCUGGUACUGGAUCACUUUCAUUCCACAACUGCUCACCAGCUUGUCUCACCGCGAGGCACGACUGUGCAAGGCCGUGCUCGUGAAAAUCGCCAAACUGUACCCGCAGGCUCUAUUUUUCCUCCUUCGUACUAACAGGGAAGAUAUGUUGGCCAUCAAGAAGCAACAUGACCAGAAGCAGGAGAAACUUAACCGCGCUCGCCAGCAGCAACAGCAACAGCAGCAGCAGCAAAACUCCUCCCCAAGUGGUAAACCCACAACGAAUGGCGAGGCGUCGCCGGCCCAGAAGCCCCCGACUAGUGUGCCCGGUCCCAGCGCUUCGCCUGCCAACCAGGCCGCCAAUCUGCCGACAAAUCAGUCACCCGCCCAGAAUCAGCAAGGCCAAUCUCCUGCUCAACCUCCAAAUCAGGUGCAAGCGUCACCACGCCCUGGGCCGAGCCAAAGCCCCAGUCAAGCCGCGAAUCAAACACCACAACAAGCUCAUUUGCAAGGUCCAACUCAGAGCGGAACUCCACAGCAGCCGAACCAAGAAUCUUCGACCGCAGAGCCCGAGAAGGAAGCUCUUAAGAAGCCUUGGGAGUAUUCGGACGAGAUCAUGUCUGGCCUCAAGACCGCGUUCCCACUUCUUGCGCUGUCCAUGGAGACAAUGGUUGACCAAAUCCACAAGAACUUCAAGUGCCCUCCUGAUGAGGAUGCCUACCGCCUCAUCGUGGCUCUCUUGAACGAUGGACUGGCCUAUGUGGGCCGUAUGCCCGGCUCAUAUGCCCAAGAUUUCAAACUGCCGCCUGCUACUGAAGCCAACAUCACUCGGUUUGCGGAAACAAUUCUUCCAGCGCAUAUUCGCAAGUCAUUCGAGGCGGAUGUCGUUACCAAGAAGCCCACUAUGCACGAGUACAUUCAGAAGCUGCGUCGCUGGCGCGACAAGUUUGAGGAAAAGCUGGAUCGUCGUCCCCAGUCAGGAUUCUUGGAAAGCUACUCGCCACAUCUUAGCGAAUUCCGCUUCCUCAAGUUUGAUGAAGUUGAAGUUCCCGGGCAAUAUCUUCUCCACAAGGACAAGAACCAAGACUUCGUCCGCAUCGACCGAUUCCUUCCUGAUGUGGACCUUGUCCGCGGCAUUGGUGUUUGCCAUCGUCGUCUCAAGAUUCGUGGUCACGACGGUAGUAUUCAUGCCUUUGCUGUUCAGCACCCUGCUGCACGUCAUUGCCGUCGCGAAGAGCGUAUUCUUCAGCUCUUCCGAAUUUUCAACGGCUUGUUGGCGAAGCGUAAGGAGAGCCGGCGUCGCAACCUCUACUUCCACCUUCCUCUGAUGGUUCCCCUUGCGCCGCACAUCCGUUUGGUUCGAGACGACUCCUCAUACAUCUCUAUGCAAGGCAUCUACGAGGACUACUGUCGACGUGUUGGUUUCAACAAGGAUGAUCCUGUACUCUUCACAAUGGAUCGUAUGCGCUCCUUAGCCGAGACAAAGCAAAAUCGCACGCCUGAUCAGCAACAGAUCCUUCGUACGGAGAUCUUGACAGCAAUCCAAGAGAAAUGGGUUCCGAACACCGUGGUUCAGCAAUACUUCCAGCAGACUUAUCCCAACUUCGCCGACUUCUGGUUAUUCCGUCGGCAGUUUGCCUAUCAAUAUGCAGCAGUUGCUUUCAUGACCUAUGUGAUGCACAUUGGCAACCGCUAUCCCAAUAAGAUCUUGAUUUCCCGCUCGACGGGCGAUAUCUGGGGUGCGGAGCUGAUUCCAACCAUCAACCCCACCAAGGCAGUCUUCUUCAACCCCGAGCAAGUGCCGUUCCGAUUCACGCCGAACAUUCAAGUCCUGCUCGGACCUCUCGCUACGGAAGGUCUGUUUGCCUGUGCACUGAUGGCAAUCUCUCGCUGCUUGACGGAACCGCGCCACGAGUUGGAGCAGCAACUCAGUAUCUUCGUCCGCGACGAGAUGAUGUUCUGGGCCACUGCCCAGCAUCGUAGUCCCUUGCCUGUCCCACAGCUACGCGACUUGGUUAAUAAUAAUAGCGACAUUAUUGUCAACCGGGCCGUCAGCCUUGCCAGCCCCCCCCGAGGGCAACCUGCCUGCCAACCAGACAACGAUCGAUUUGAUCUCCAAGGCUGUCAAUCCUCAGCACCUGGCUUCGUGCGACGCAUUGUGGAUGCCUUACCUUUAAGGCGGGGCUGA